UGCUUCCCUUCUCUCAAGUCACCACCAUGUAUAUAACCCACUCACAUGUUGAUUGCACUAUUUGAAAGGUCCAUCUAUCUACAAUCCUCAAUCCUCAAGAGAGAGAGAGAGAGAGAGAGAGAGAGAGAGAAGCCAUGGGGAGGCCUCCUUGCUGUGAUAAAGUUGGCAUCAAGAAGGGUCCAUGGACACCUGAGGAGGACAUCAUCCUUGUGUCUUACAUCCAAGAACAUGGUCCUGGAAACUGGAGAUCAGUGCCUACCAACACUGGCCUAUUAAGAUGCAGCAAAAGUUGCAGGCUUAGAUGGACUAAUUACCUCAGACCAGGAAUCAAACGAGGCAACUUCACUCCACAUGAAGAAGGGAUGAUUAUCCAUUUGCAAGCUUUAUUGGGUAACAAAUGGGCAGCCAUAGCUUCGUACCUCCCACAAAGAACAGAUAAUGAUAUAAAAAACUAUUGGAAUACCCAUCUGAAGAAGAAGCUCAAGAAAUUUCAGUCAGCUUUAGACCCCCACAUGCCGCCAUCCGACUCAACCAAAAGCUUUAUAAACGAGAGAAGAAGCUUGGAAAUCAUCACCCCUUCCCCAUCUCUCAGCCUAAACCACUCCUCCUCUACAUAUGCCUCAAGCACAGAGAACAUCUCACGGCUCCUUGAAGGCUGGAUGAGAUCUUCCCCAAAGACUAACAACAAAAUACUUCAACAAAACACCAACUCCGGGGCAAUAUUAAUGGAUAAUCAUCAUCAGGCCUACCAACCGAAAGCUGAGCAAGAGGGCGGCGGUGGUGGGGGCGGCGAUUUAGUCUCUCAUGAAGAGUUCGAGUCCAUUUUAUCUUUUGAAAACUUGAACAACGCAGCGUGGGACAAGUCCACCGGGGAUUCUAUGCCCGGGAGAGCUUCUCAAGCUGCUGCAAAUGAUGACAAGCCGGAGAAAAACAAACCAAGAUCUGACAACAACACUCCCCCAUUAUCAUUCCUGGAAAAGUGGCUCUUGGAUGAAAGUGCUGGUCAAGUAGAGGAGAUGAUGGAAUUAUCCCCAAUGUUCUGAUUAAUAUGAUUUCAAAAAGGUGUUUUUUUUUUUUUUUUUUUUUUUUUUUGUAGGGUUUAUUAUUAUUACCUUUAAUUAUCAUGGGGGGUUCUGAGAAGUUCGGAUCUCUUAGCUAGCAAAGUGCAUGUAACUGAAGAGUUUCUGAAUGAAUGAAUUAUCUCAAGUAACAUGAUCAGUGUUGUUACUCCUUAAUUAGUUUG